AUGUUACAAGGUGACAUGUUACAAGGUGGCAUGUUACAAGGUGGCAUGCUACAAGGUGACCUGUUACAAGGUGACAUGUUACAAGGUGACAUGCUACAAGGUGACCUGUUACAAGGUGACAUGUUACAAGGUGACAUGUUACAAGGUGGCAUGUUACAAGGUGACAUGUUACAAGGUGGCAUGUUACAAGGUGACAUGCUACAAGGUGACCUGUUACAAGGUGACAUGUUACAAGGUGACAUGUUACAAGGUGGCAUGUUACAAGGUGACAUGUUACAAGGUGGCAUGUUACAAGGUGACAUGCUACAAGGUGACCUGUUGCAAGGUGACAUGUUACAAGGUGACAUGCUACAAGGUGACCUGUUACAAGGUGACAUGUUACAAGGUGACAUGUUACAAGGUGACAUGUUACAAGGUGGCAUGUUACAAGGUGACAUGUUACAAGGUGGCAUGUUACAAGGUGACAUGCUACAAGGUGACCUGUUACAAGGUGACAUGUUACAAGGUGACAUGUUACAAGGUGACAUGUUACAAGGUGACAUGUUACAAGGUGACAUGUUACAAGGUGACCUGUUGCAACGUGACAUGUUACAAGGUGACAUGCUACAAGGUGACAUGUUACAAAGUGGCAUGUUGCAAGGUGGCAUGUUACAAGGUGACAUGUUACAAGGUGACAUGUUACAAGGUGACAUGUUACAAGGUGACAUGUUACAAGGUGACCUGUUACAAGGUGACAUGUUACAAGGUGACCUGUUACAAGGUGACAUGUUACAAGGUGACCUGUUACAAGGUGACAUGUUACAAGGUGACCUGUUACAAGGUGACAUGUUACAAGGUGACAUGUUACAAGGUGACCUGUUACAAGGUGACCUGUUACAAGGUGACCUGUUACAAGAGCGUAUUUAUUCAUGCUUCUUCCCUAGCACUUGUAGCUCUGAGUCAGAAGAGGCAAUUGAACAUCUAUUAAAAGAUCCUCGCUUCUGUAAGGAUGUUACAGUUCAUCUUAGCUCAUGCUUAGGGAGAACACUAGACGCAGUCUUCCUGGUUUGUCAGACUCCUGGUUUGUCAGACUCCUGGUUUGUCAGACUCCUGGUUUGUCAGACUCCUGGUUUGUCAGACUCCUGGUUUGUCAGACUCCUGGUUUGUCAGACUCCUGGUUUGUCAGACUCCUCCCUCAGUGUAGUACAGACGCUUUACUCUCCAUGUUUCCGGGAUCACGAUCGCUUGUCUGUACUAGACUACAGCGUUACUAACCAUCCUGGCUUACUAAUCCAGUUGAAGACUUCUUCUUGCCCUGGUUUGGGUGAAACAUACUGGAUCAAUACACAUGUUUAUAUAAUGCGUGAUAUGAGAAGUGUACAGUGUGGGGAAGAGACUCUGAGAGACUUGCCAACUUAA